AUUGUACAUCUAAAUGCACAUUAAAAGAUUAAAUAAAGAAAGUUUGUGUAGUUCGUGUAAUGUGUUUAUGUUAGUUGUUAUUAAUUGUUACUUAUAAUUGUUAUUGAACACUGAUUUACCUAAUCUAAAAUUUCUCGAGGAUCUAAAUUAGGAAAAAUCUGCGUACAAAUCUUCGAUCAUUUCCUAACUCUUGGAAUACCAGAAAGCCGUGCCUUCUCUUAGAAGAGCGUCUGAUAGCACUGCUUGGCACAGCAGUUAUACCAGGGCCCUGGUUCGCUCACUGUUCACAGUUUAGUUCACCGUUUACCUGGAAUAACGAGCUAAGUGUCCGCAGCUCCUGCAGACCCCAUUAGACAAAUCCGAAAAUGGCUUCGUCCCUACGGAUACUCUCUAGAAUUCUGUGCAAAGCGUAUCCAUCAGUAGCGCUCGUGCAUAGCGCAAGACUUUCCACAUCCAGCGCUGCGUUUGCUGAGAGACUUUUUACUACGAAACAUGAAUGGAUUUCCGUGGAGAAGGACGAAGGUACCGUGGGUAUUUCGGAUUACGCGCAGAAAACCCUGGGCGACAUUGUGUUUGCCCAGCUGCCCGAUCCUGGCAGUGAAGUGCGCAAGGAUGAGGAGUGCGGUGCCGUGGAAAGCGUCAAGGCGGCCAGCGAGAUAUAUAGCCCGGUGUCAGGAACCGUUACGGACAAGAACACAGCGGUAGAAGAGAAACCGCAGCUGAUCAACAAGAGCUGCUACGAUCAAGGAUGGAUGUUUAAAGUCAGCCUGAGUGAUCCGUCGGAACUGAAGUCGUUGAUGAAAGAAAAUGCAUACGAAGCAUACGUCAGAUCACUACAAGUCGAAACUUAAUGGAUCUGAAAUUUUGAAUGUCUUGAAUUGUGGCCUAGUGAAUACGCACGUGGAAAUGAAAAUUUUAUUGUUAUUUUUCAAAACCCGAGGAUUAGUCUGUGUUUAGUGUUGCACUAUUCAGUGCAGAUAGAGUUCACUGGUGUGCUGUAUUCUCAAGGAAUUCGUGCCACUUCGUAGCCGGUCAGUUUUGGUGACGGAACGUUAUUUUUACUUUUUCUUAGUUGUACCUGUGUCCAGACAGUUUGCUCAGAUGAAAAUGGUUUAUGGUAUUAAACAAUAAAUUCUUGC